AUGGGAUUGGGAGAUGAAUUAUCAAAUGAAGUAGAUAGAAUUAAAGUGUCACUAAAAUUAUAAAAUAAAGCAUUAGCCAAAGAACUGCGAGGGGCCACUGAAGAAAGAGCUGACAACAUUUCUGAACUGUCUUCUGAUAUCAAGACUAUUCUAGAUAAAAUGGCAUAUGUCACUGAUAAUAAGAUGACCAGAAUCAAUGAUAGAGUUCAAGAGCACAUCUAUUAAACAGAGGCAAUUUCCUUAAUAAUAAUCAUGGAUUAAUUGGAUAAGAAAGUUUAAGAAUUGGCAGGAAUCAAAUAAUAGAUCAAAUAACUUAAAGCCAAGAUUCCAAAGCUUUCUGAUAAAUGCAGCAAAUUUUACACUUGUUAUGAAUGUUUAUAGGAUGAGAGUUGUGGAUGGUGUUCGAUGGAAGAUAAAUGUGUUGAAGGAGAUGAGAAAGGACCACAAAAGAUCAGUUGCAAUUUCUAUAGUUAUAAAUAAUGUAAUGGGAGACAAUGUCAUAAAUACAAUACAUGUGCAACAUGCAUAGCCGAUCCCUCAUGUGGUUGGUGCAUUGAUGACAAUCGAUAUAUGUCAGGAUGUUUAUAAUAACCCUAUGAUUAUUAGGGAUGUCCUAGAAAUGGGUGGUUCCAUUUAGAAAGUCGAUAGAAUUCUUGUCCAUAAUAAUUGAGGAAGGUCUAUGAAGAGGAAUUUGAUGAAAAUUCUUAUUGGUCAAAACCACUUGAAGAUUCUGCUUACAUUGAUGAAGAGGAGAGUAAUGAAUAGGAUAAGAAUAAUGCUCUGAAUGGCAGAGGAGGAGUAGAGGAGAGUGAAUCUAAUACAGAAUAUAAUAAGAAGUAAUAACAGGUGGUUAGUCAAAUUAAAUAAUUAGAAGCUUUGGUCAAAGAGAUUGAAAAGGAAAUCGAAGCCUUAUAAAAGAGAUAUCAAGAGACAGUUGAAUGGUUAGAUAAGUUCAAUAAGGGAGAAGAGGGAGAAGGAGAAUAAUAGUAGUAAUAAGAGGAAGAGCAAUAAUAAGAAUAGUAAGAGGAGACUCAAUCAACAUAGAAUGAAGCAUAAAAGAAGAAGGAAGAGAAGGCAAAGAAAAAGGAAGAGAAAAAAUAAAACGAUUAAGAAAGUAAAAAGAAGAAAGAGGAGGAAAAAAAGAAGAAAGCAGAGGAGGAGAAGAAAAAGAAAGAGGAGGAAUAAAAAAAGAAAGAUGAGGAAAGAAAGAAGAAAAAAUAAGAGGAGGACGAGAAGAAAAAGAAGAGGAAAGAAGAGGAGGAUGCCAAAAGGAAGAAAUUAUAGGAAGAUUUAGAUAAAAAGAAAUAGGAAGAAGAAUAAAAUGAGGAGGCCAGGGAUUCAAAUGAGUAGGAGUAAUAGUAAGAAGAUGGAGAUGCAGAAGGCAAUCAUGGAGAUGCAGAUAAUAAUGAAAGUAAUAAUGCUUCUCAUAGUGAUGAAACAAAUUAAGAAACUGCACAAGAAGGGGAUGAUCAAAGCGAUUAAUCACAAAAGAAGAGUAAGAAAUCAUCAAAAGGUGGAGAUUCCAAAAAUAAGGCAAAAGAUAAAUAAGGCUCGAAAGAUAAGGAAUCUGAAUAAGGGGACGAGUAAGGAAAUGAGGAAAAAGAAGAAGAUAAAAGAGAGAUUCCAGAUUCUUACUUCAGAGAACCACAAUUAUAAAAUAAGAAGUGGGAGGACUUUUACAAUGGCAAUUUUAAUUUUAUUGCCUAAGAAUAGGAAGUUGAUGAUGAUGAAAUGUAAUUUGACUCGAUAGAUAUUGUUGAUGAAUUUUAUGAUCCUUUUCAUUUAAAUUGA